UUUUCAAAAUAAAAUGUUUGUGAGUGAGCGAAGAGGAACGUUAACGUUAACGGAACUGGACACAGUGACGCUAGUCAUCUGAGCAGAUAGAGGGCAGUGUAGCUAGAAUUGUAAAAAGCUAGCACAAUAAAAGAAGACAACGUGAGUCAAACAAACCCAGAUAACUAGCAUUAAAGGUGAAUGAUGGCGAUUGAACAAUUUGUGUCAAAGACGCUUGAGCUUCUACAGGAGGAGAGGGAAGCUGAAAUAGAAGAGACCAGGAUAUGGCAGGAGAACAUCUCUCUCAAGGAUCUUCAAAAUAAAGGAGUAUGCCUGCUGAAAUUGCAGAUAGGAAGUCAGUCCACAGGCCUGUAUGGUCGCACAGUCGUUGUCCUCGAGCCAAGAAAGUAUCUUGGUUUCUCAUAUCUGCCAAGCAACAGCUUUGGACCUGGGGACAUUGUUGGCUUGUAUGACACUGGCGGAUGCACCGCAGCUUCACAGAUUGGCACAGGAAUAGUGACGAGGGUCAGCCAAGCUUCUAUAAGUGUGGCCUUUGACGAUUCAAAGGAUGGCCUUAGCUUUGAUACAGAUGCUCUUCACAACCUCUUAAAGUUAGCAAAUGACGUCACCUACAAACGAAUGAAAAAUGCCUUGAAUGCAUUAAAUGGAUACAGCAACGGACCAGCUGCCAAUCUAAUAAAUGUCCUCUUUGGCGACACAAAACCUUCUUCUCAAUCACAGCCAAACGAAGUUAAAUUCUUUAACUCAAACCUGGAUUAUUCCCAAAGAGAAGCAGUGUCCUUUACGCUGUCUCAAAGAGAACUGGCUGUGAUUCAUGGACCACCAGGCACUGGGAAAACCACCACAGUGGUGGAGAUCAUCCUGCAAGCAGUCAAACAAGGCCAAAAGGUCCUGUGCUGUGCCCCCUCUAACGUGGCUGUGGAUAAUUUAGUGGAGAGGUUAGCCCGGUGCAAGGCAAAGGUCCUCCGGCUCGGUCACCCUGCCAGACUUUUGGAGUCCAUACAGAAACAUUCAUUAGACGCCAUCCUCGCUCAGAGUGAUAAUGCAAACAUCAUCGCAGACAUCCGUAAAGAUAUGGAUAAAGCAAUUAAGGGAAUAAAGAAGAUGAGUGAAAAUGGAGAUCGGGUGAACUUUAAAAGGGAAAUAGGGGAGCUAAGAAAAGAGCUAAAAACCAGAGAAUCAACAGCCAUCGCUCAGAUCCUAAAAAGUGCGGAUGUUGUGUUAUCAACAAACACAGGUGCUUCUGGUGACGGCCCUCUGAAGUUCCUGCCAGCAGGGCAUUUUGAUUGGGUGGUGAUAGACGAGUGUGCUCAGGCCCUGGAAGGCAGCUGCUGGAUCGCCCUGCUCAGAGCGCGCAAGUGCAUUCUGGCUGGAGACUACAAGCAGUUACCACCUACUAUCAAAUCCCAAAGGGCUGCAUCAAAAGGCUUGUCUCUCAGUCUCAUGGAGAGACUCAUCCAGAUGUAUGGGGACUCAGUGGUCCGUAUGCUAACAGUUCAGUACCGCAUGCACAGUGCCAUCAUGGAGUGGGCCUCCAAAGAGAUGUACCAGGGAAGACUAACAGCUCACAGCUCUGUAGAAAGACACUUGUUAAAAGAUCUACCUGAAGUCGCCUGCGUUGAAGAGACCAGCACGCCACUUCUUCUUAUCGACACUGCGGGCUGCGGUCUGAGUGAGAUGGAGGUCACAGAUGAGCAGUCCAAAGGCAAUAAAGGUGAGGUGGACAUUGUUGAACUGCACAUAAAGGCCUUGACUGAAGCUGGGGUUAAGGCUAAAGACAUCGCUGUUAUUGCUCCGUACAAUCUACAAGUCGAUCUUCUGCGUCAGAAACUUUCUUUGAGGCAUCCGGAGCUGGAGAUAAAGUCAGUGGAUGGAUUUCAGGGCAGAGAGAAAGAGGCUGUGGUGUUGUCAUUAGUUCGGUCCAACAGAAAGGGGGAAGUUGGAUUUCUGGCAGAGGACAGAAGGAUUAAUGUGGCUGUUACACGUGCAAGACGUCACAUCGCUGUUGUGUGCGACACCCAGACUGUCCAGAAUCAUGCUUUCCUGAAGUCCCUGAUCAAUCACAUGACUGAGUUUGGCGAGGUUAGAACGGCAUUUGAGUACAUCGGAGACAUUGUGCCACAAAACUACACCCGCGACCACAAAGACACAAAGACUUCUACAUCUGCCAGCAGCUCCACGUCCAACAAACAGAAGGUCAAAGAUCGGCCUCUAAGCAGGGCCAAGCAACAACAAAAGAAGGUCACUGGUAGCAACAGUAAUGGAAAUUCUGCUGGUACAGAGAAGAACACAAAGUCCUGCAUAACCGCACUGACAGAGGAAGAACAGAAGAAGAACAGGUGUGCUGAGGUCAGAGCGCAGGUGGAGAGCUUUGUAAAGGCCUCAAAUCAGAGUGAACUACAGUUCCCAUCAUCGUUUAACUCUCAUGACCGCCUGCUGGUCCACCAGAUUGCUGAGGAGCUGGGCCUCGUGCAUGAGAGUAAAGGUGAGGGGAAAGACAGGUGUAUCACUGUUGCCAGGCCACUGGUGUCAACACCAGCUGAGGAGCCAAGACAAGAAGAAGAUGAAGAAGCUCAGGAAGAAGAAGCAGUCCUUAAACCCCAAAUGGAGCCACUUUGUCAACCUCCAUUAGACCUCAAAAGGUUACAUUUGGAGCGAAUGAAGAGGGAGCAGCAGAAGAGGGAAGAAAACGCUGAAUCAAAAAAGCAACAGAAAAACAUCCCACCAGCUCCGGCCCAGUCAUUAAAGAAGCCCAAGUCAGCUAAAGGAAAGAGCCGAAUGAAGGCAGGCGCCUGUGGCAUCGCUGCUGCCGCCGCUCCAGAUGAUGACUUCGACACACUUAUCAAUGCUGUCAUUAAGGCCGACAGUGUAUGCAGUUUUGUCAAGUGUAAAGCUUCUGUGCUGACACUUGGACAGCUUUGCCUGUUCUGCAACAGGCAGUAUUGUCUCGGUCAUCAUAUACCAGAGGUUCACGGCUGUGGGGAUAAAGCCAAGUCUCAUGCUCGGAUGAGAAUAAGCAAAGAAGGCAUUCUUUACGCCGGGAGUGGGAAGAGAGACACAACCAUGGACCCCAGUAAGAAAGCCUACCUGCAAAGGAAGCUGGACUCUAAACUGAAAGAUAUGUCAUCACAGAGGAAACCAAAAAAAGACAAAGAGAAUGAAAGUUAAUAAUACCAAAUCAACUCUAUAAUUAACAUAACUGGAUACUUUCUUUUGAACAAGAUUAAACUACAAAAAUGUUUGAAAGUAUUAAGUUUUGUUUAAUCAAUCAUACAGUAUGUUGCCUUUCUAACCUUCAUUGGACACAGUUUGGUAUCCUACAAUUUGUUGCUGAAUUUUGAAAUUGAAACUAUGCAACGUGUUGCUUAUUUGGUCAGUUGUAGUACCUGUAACACACACACUCAACAAACAAAGUCUUCUCCAACUGUAGUGCCAUGUGUUUUCCUGUUGUCUCUACCCUACAGACACUGUUACUGUCAGAGGACAGAUUGUCAGUGGGAUGGACAUUUCCCCCGCUGCACACAAUCCAGGGGAGAAGUAGGGAAAAAUCCUCUCUGUAAAUCUGUCUUUGAAUGUGUGUAUUGUUGUCAAAUCAGCAGUGUUGGUGAAAACAACCUUUCCUUUGUUAUAGUCCAGCUGUACAGUAAUCUUCUCAGGCUUCUGCUUCAACACAAGCUUGGUGCGAGGCGAGGUCUGAGCCCAGAAUGAGUCUCUAUUGCACAGGCCGAUCACCCAGAAGCCCUCACUAGGGAUGAGGAAGACGCUACUCUUCCUCUUGAUGGACUCUUGUGCCACUCCGAUGAACCAGUCGUUGCCCUGGCCGACCUCCACGGUCCAGCUGUGCUUCCCGGAUGUGAAGCCAGUCGCUCCCAGCACGCACACACGGCUGGUGCAGCGUUCAGGGUUGUCCGGUACGAGCUGCUUGCUGCUGUAUUGUACACAGGUCAACUCUCCAGAGAAUUGUAAGUUGGACUGGGCAGUGUUAGGAUCCAGAGUGAAGGGAACUGAAAGUAUAACAAAAUUCAGUACAUUCAAAAUACUUAAUCGUAAACUUUACCUUUUUAAGCCGUUGUCUGCUCAGUUACCACAUGUGACGAUGUUGGCCAUCUUCUUCCAUAUUCCAAACUUGAGUAAUCCCAGAUGCUUUGCAGAGUUGAUCAGGAUAUCUCUGAUACACUCUGGCUCUUGAAUGUUGCAUUUGGCCCUGAAACAUGUUGAAAUAAUCACUACAUUGUGUCAUGGAGCAGGGACAGUAGAUAUUCAUUUUGGGAGAUAGUGAGUUAUGCAUACCUCUUCUUUGUCUGCUUGUAGUCCUUAAGUUACAGAAAGAAAGUGGGGAAAAA